ACCCUUGGAAUGGACAGAAUUGGCAUUAAAAUAUUUUCCGUUUUCUUAGAAACCUGCUACGCGGAUUGGAAGGAAACAUAGGAUCAUCAUUACUCCAACACAAACAGGAUGGCCUUGUUUAGAGACAUGGCGGGCAUUCCGCCAUUGACUGCCUCGACCACCGAUAGUGUCCUGAUCAUCAUCGAUUCGCAAAACGAAUACGCGAACGGACUUUUGAAAGUCGACAAUGUCGACAAACGCCGCGUGGUUAUUAAAUCGCUCCUCGAAAAAUACCGUGCCACGGUCAAGACCACAGGCAAACAGAACCUUGUUCAUAUUGUCCAUCAGACCGCCGCUGAUGCGCCUAUAUUUACUACCGGCACGCCAUUGGCGGACGAAUUUGAUGAGCUAAAGCCCUGGGAAGGCGAGAAGGUUAUCACCAAAAAAUUUCCCAACGCCUUUGCGGAGACAGCCCUUCACGAAUACUUGCAAAGCCUGGGUGCUAAAAAAAUCGUGCUAGUGGGGUAUAUGGCACACGUCUGCGUAUCUACCACAGCUAGACGAGCUGCCGAGCUUGGUUAUGAUACCGUCGUCGCUCAGGAUGGAGUUGGGAGUCGUCCUCUCGGCGAAUAUUCAGGCGAUGAAAUCACCAAGGUUGCAUUGUUGGAAGUAGCGGACUUCUUCGGCACGUUGGUAUGGAGCAAGGACAUCAGCUGAGAGAGUUUGGGUCUUCAUUUUCACCUUCAUUAGGUUGAGCUAUCUCCAACGGCUCGGGGGUGUUCUGGUGAGGUGAUGCAGCACAUAUGUCAAUUCAUAUUUUUAAUGUAUUUAAAGAAAAUUCAGCCGAACAGGUUAUUU